AUGAGACAUCUACUGCUCGACAUUCUACUAACUGCUCUUAUCGCAGCCGGAAGCGACGAGCGGGCAUCUGUUCGGGAACAACGACUGCCGGCGCAUUUGCUAGCAAUGGAGGGCCCGGACACAACAGUGCUGGCUACGGUUCUGGUGGUGGCCGUCCUCAACUCGCCGGCCGUUCUCCCCAAUCCUCCUUCGAUUCCAAUGGUGAUGUCGCACAGAUCUCGC